AUGGUGGUCUGGGUUCAGUUCCCAGGCUUUCCAGUACAUUUUUAUCACAAGGAAAUCCUGUUUACCUUGGGAAACAUGAUCGGGAGGUCAAUAAAGCUGGACUACCACACUCUUCAUCAGGAGAGGACAAAGUUUGCUAGAAUGGCGGUGGAGGUUGAUCUUUCUAAACCGCUGGUUCCCCGGAUUCGCCUGGAUGGAAGAUGGCAGAAGGUCGAGUUUGAGAACCUCCCGGUUGUUUGCUUUGAGUGUGGGAAGAUUGGGCACACGAAGGUCUCGUGUCCAAGUCUUUACCGGAAAGUCGACAGCCCUUCCCUAGCGUUUUCCGGCGUCGCGGUGUCCGGCAACGAUGAGGGAGAGCAAUCGGAAGUCAACGGCGGAUUCGGUCCCUGGAUGAUGGUCACGAGGAAAUCCCGGCGGAAUCCAAGGGAGUCUCCUAACAAAGGCAAGUUUGAGGAGGAUUCCCGGAUUAGCAACGGUCCUCUUAAUCACAAAGUUAGGAAAGGGGAAGAUCAAAUUAUGGGAGGUGAAAGGGACUUACCCGUUCUGCAAGAUACCCAGCCUCAAUCCCAGCGUGGUCAUGGCCAAGGAAAACAAUCAGAGAAGCCAAGAAGGAAAGUGGGGGGAAAAAGAAAAUGA